CUAAAAAAUCGCUUCCACAUCUCUCUCUCUCUGAAAAUCCUUCACCACCAAAUCGGACAUGGCUUCCAAGAAAGGCGACUUCAACCCUCACUCCGGCGACGGCGCUAGCCCUGGAAAAAUCUUCAUCGGAGGCUUGGCCAAAAACACCACCCUCGAGACGUUCAUUAAGCACUUUGAGAAGUACGGGGAGAUUAUAGACUCUGUGAUCAUGAAGGACCGCCAAACCGGGAUCCCUCGGGGUUUCGGCUUCAUUACAUACUCCGAUCCCUCUGUUGUUGAUCAGGUUAUCCAAGAGACUCACGUCAUUAAUGACAAGCAGGUUGAGAUUAAGAGAACUAUUCCGAAAGGUGCUGGGCAGGCUAACGAUUUCAAGACUAAGAAAGUUUUUGUAGGCGGGAUUCCGAGAACUGUUACGGAAGAUGAACUGAAGGAUUUCUUUUCUAAGUAUGGUAAUGUGGAGGAGCAUCAGAUCAUACGCGAGCAUGCCACUAACCGCUCUCGAGGGUUUGGAUUUGUUGUUUUCGAGAGUGAAAAAGUUGUUGAUAACUUGCUGGCCAAUGGUAACAAAAUUGAUAUGGAUGGAACACAGGUUGAGAUCAAGAAGGCUGAACCGAAGAAGGCCUCAAACCCUGCUCAUGUUCCUGCCUUCAGUAGAGACUCUAGGCCACAACCAUACCCUGCUAGUUAUGAUUUAGCUGGUAACACAUAUAGUGGUUAUGGCCUUCCUCCUUAUGGCCCUCCUUCCUAUAGGUCACAUGGGGAUUUUGGCAAUAGGUUUGAUAAUUACAAUGGUUAUUCAGAUGCUAAUGACAUUGGUGUUGGUUUCGAGGGUAUCCGAGGUGGUCCUUUUCCUGGUUAUCAUGGAGAUUCUUCAUUUGGGUAUCCUAGUAGAUUUUCAUCCUAUCGUGGUGGGCUUGGUGAGGGAUAUGGUGGUAACGGGUUAGGUGCAUAUGGGCGUGAAGCUCGGGGCUAUGGAAGUUAUGCCGGUGCAGUCUCAGGUGAUGGUUAUGAAUCAGGGCCUGGUGCUAGUUAUGAAGGUCCACGAGGCUUGUAUGGAGCUAGUAGGGGGGCAGGUUAUGGUGGCAGUAGUCGUUACCACCCUUAUGGAAGGUAGAAUUGUGUCUAAGCUUUCGUAGAGAAGUUGCUUGCUGGUUCCAUCGUACCUAGGCACUACCUCAAGAGGCACUAGCUAGAAGAGCAGAAGAACCACUAGUUUCACCCUGUUGCAAGUUUAGAUCAUCAUCAAUUUAGAAGACUUUGUUAUGUUUAGUCAUAUGUUUUCUGUCCUUUUGAUAGUUAGAAGCGGUUACAGUUAUGUGGUGACGUUUAUUAGAAUCAACUUAGUGUAGUUUGUGUUCUGAUAUUCAUUUGAUUUUAAGCACUGUGUGCCAGUUUUUUGUUUUUUUGGUUGGCUAUUAUGCAUUGUUGGGAGAUGAUUAGUGAAUUAGCUAGUUCACUUAUGUCCACACUGGUCAUGAAUGUAGACCAAUUAUCUUUAUUUACCUAAGAGCGUGCAUUGUUGUGAGAUAAUUAGUGAAGUAGUUUACAUAUGUCCACACAGGCUACAAAUUUGGAUUGAUUGCAAUUGUAGGUUCUUUAACAGCUAUGGCCAGCAAGUAGAAAAUAUCUGUUACCAUUGUUUUCUUCUGGUGGUAACUAGUACCAUAAAUUACUUGGUUUACAGUUUCAGAUUGAUAGUGGACAGGUUUUGCAUUGUCUCAAGUCACAUAAUUACAUAAGGAUUGGACCGGCACGUCCCUUAGUUUCAGACUCAUGCUUAUGACUAUUCUCAGUUAACAUAUAUUAUCAUCAGGAAUUGAAAAUAUCUGUUGUGUAGUUCUUAAAGGAGGUCCAUGGGGCCUGAGCCAAAGAUGAAUCCAAGCUCAACAUCCGCUUCUCGUGGAUAAGCUUCUCUCAGACUCUGCAUAUGAGGGGCAUGGAGGAAAGAUGCACGCUCCCUGAAGAUUUAUGUCUGUCCAUGGCCCUAAAAUUAGCGGACUCCAUUGAUCUCUUUGUGAUUGGAGCCUGCAAUGUGAGAAUGUGAUUCACAAUUGUCCUUCAAGAGACGUGCAAGGUGAGAACGUGCCUCCGUCUUCCAAGAGACAACCGCAGGUUACUGCAAGGGGUCGAGGUGCGAGAUCAUGAGCAAUCUUUUAAAUCGGUGCAAAUGCCUUAUAAUUGGGAUGUAUAUUUCUCGUACCAAUUGGAUUUGGAAAAUAGAAGCUACCCUCUGUCCUUGAA